CCCCGCCCAGGCCCCGCCGCCUGGCCCCGGAGCGGGGGCCCGAACCGCGGCCCCGGCCUUCUCCGCCCUCCUUCGCCGUGACGAAUCGGCGCCCGACUGGGACGGGAUCCAGAGUGCGAGACUUCGGAGGAAACCGUGGAGCCCGGGGAGGGAGGAAAAAAUAAUAAUAAUUUCCUUUGGCCGCACCGAGCCUCGCCGCGUCCUCGCCGGAAGGGCCGUUCGUGUGAGGGCAGCCGGCCGCGGCCCGCGGAGAAACCCCGCGCCGUGUGGAAAGUGCGAGCGCGGAAGCUCCGGCGCGAGGGGCGGGGCGAGCGCGGGACAAAGGGAAGCGAAGCCGGAGCUGCGGGCGCCUGCUCGGCCCGCGGAAAGACCAUCUUAUGCCCCACCUCCCACCCCAGCUCCUGCAACACAAAUGCCCAGCACACCAGGGUUUGUGGGAUACAAUCCAUACAGUCAUCUCGCCUACAACAACUACAGGCUGGGAGGGAACCCGGGCACCAACAGCCGGGUCACGGCAUCCUCUGGCAUUACGAUUCCAAAGCCUCCAAAGCCACCAGAUAAGCCGCUGAUGCCCUACAUGAGGUACAGCAGAAAGGUCUGGGACCAAGUAAAGGCUUCCAACCCUGACCUAAAGUUGUGGGAGAUUGGCAAGAUUAUUGGUGGCAUGUGGCGAGAUCUCACUGAUGAAGAAAAACAAGAAUAUUUAAACGAAUACGAAGCAGAAAAGAUAGAGUACAAUGAAUCUAUGAAGGCCUAUCAUAACUCCCCUGCAUACCUUGCAUAUAUUAAUGCAAAAAGUCGUGCAGAAGCAGCAUUAGAGGAAGAAAGUCGACAGAGGCAGUCUCGCAUGGAGAAAGGAGAGCCUUACAUGAGCAUUCAGCCUGCUGAGGAUCCAGAUGAUUAUGAUGAUGGCUUUUCAAUGAAGCAUACAGCUACUGCCCGUUUCCAGAGAAACCACCGCCUCAUCAGUGAGAUCCUCAGCGAGAGUGUGGUACCUGAUGUGCGGUCAGUCGUAACAACAGCUAGAAUGCAGGUCCUCAAGCGACAGGUCCAGUCUUUAAUGGUUCAUCAGCGGAAACUGGAAGCUGAGCUUCUUCAGAUAGAGGAGCGACACCAGGAGAAGAAGAGGAAAUUCCUGGAAAGCACAGACUCCUUUAACAAUGAACUUAAAAGGUUAUGUGGUCUGAAGGUAGAAGUAGACAUGGAGAAAAUUGCAGCUGAAAUUGCACAGGCGGAGGAACAGGCCCGAAAAAGGCAGGAGGAGAGAGAGAAGGAGGCAGCAGAGCAAGCGGAGCGCAGUCAGGGCAACAUCGCCCCUGAGGAAGAGCAAGUGGUGAACAAAGCUGAGGAGAAGAAAGAUGAGGAGAACAUCCCGAUGGAGACAGAGGAGACACACCUUGAAGAAACAACAGAGAGCCAACAGAACGGUGAAGAAGGCACGUCUACUCCUGAGGACAAGGAGAGUGGGCAGGAGGGGGUUGACAGCAUGGAGGUAGAAGGGACCAGUGAUAGUAAUACUGGCUCAGAGAGCAACAGUGCAACAGUAGAGGAGCCACCCACAGACCCCAUGCCAGAAGACGAGAAGAAGGAAUAAAUGUUGCCUUGUUUUAUGUGUCCUAAACUUUUUUAAAUGAAAAAAAAAGUGUUUUGGUUUUAA